UUUUCUUUUAGCCAAAAUAUAACCAAAAUUAUUUCGACUGACUUAUUUGGACUCCACAAGUUGUGUGCUUUAUUUUGGGUGUUCAUCAAAUGGAGGAUAAUUCCCAAGAGCAGCUGGAAGAGUCUUCAGCGAAGACGGAGACUUCAAAGAUGAUAAAUGAGUUAAAGACUGCUCCUGGAUAUAAAUCAAGAGGUCAUGGAGUCAGGGGGCGAGGCCGAGGCAACCACAUGGGACGAGGACGAGAAGGACGUGAAACAAUGAUGAAUGUUUUUGGGCCACAAGGUCGAGGAAGGGCCAGGAAUCGUAAUGGGUUCAUGAAUGGAUUCGGACCAAUUAGGAGGGGAAGAGGUAGAUCACUACCAUAUAUGAAUAUACAGGGAAGAAAACUAGGAAGAGCUGAUGCUAUGGGCAUGUUUAGUGGACCACCUUCACUUCCUUCUUCUCCUCCUCUUCCUCCUCGUUUUCUUCCUCCACCUCUACCCAUGCAUCUAAGGGGACCUCACCCACCUAUGCACAGGCAUGGUCCACCUCCACCACCUCCACCACCCCCACCUGGGCAUUCUCCUUUCAGAGGGUUUCCUCGACGUCCACGAGGACGAGGCAUGAUGCCCGUCGGCUCCCAUCGCCCUUUUUACCCACGUGGGUAAGAACACUCUUUUCUUUUUCUCAUUUUGAAUCAUCUUUUCCUCCUUUUUUCUUCCUGCCCUUUCGCACUAAUUUGGCUCUACGUCUUUCUAAAUGUAACAUUUUGAUGUGCUCCAAAAAGUACAAUGCAGCAAUGGCAUUUAAAGUAAACUGCUUUUGUUUGCAUUCAGAGCAACACAUGAAACUGUUCUAGCUGCCAUGAAGAAUAAUAAUAGUUAUAAUAGUAAUAAUAAGAAGAAAUAUAAUAAUGCAUGAAUUCAAAUUCUUUUUUAAUACAGCAGGGGCCCUUUUUUGUAACCAGGUGUCAAGAAACCAAAUGAAUAAUUUUAUCCUUUCAUGCAGCUACCUCAAUGGACCACCUCCUCUUCCUCCUCCCUAUCUGCCUCCUGGCAGAGGUCAGCGUUGGCCGGGGCCCCCUGCUGGCUGGAGGUUUUAAAGCAGCUUAGACUUAUUGCGAAAAAAAAGCAGUUCUGAACAUUACCGCCAGAAUGUAACUACUAGAAAAGUUUUAGAAAAUACCAGAACACUAAAAUACUAGAAAAUUAAAGCUAAUCCAGUCCCUGAUCAACACACUCCGUUUUUUUUCAGAGUAUUAAAAGUAACCCGUGGCUUGUGUUUUAAUUUUUUUUAUUGUAUAAAUGAGCAUUUAGUUUGCGUGGUGCUAACCUUGUAAGCCUUAAUCGCUUUUUUUAAGUAAAAAAAAAAAGUUAAGUACAUUUAAAGAAAUGAGAGAGAAACCUAUUAGCCCUAAUGUAAAGGUAGCUUCAUUUUCAAGACUCCUUGGGCUUUACAGACAUAUCCUUUUGUUUAAUGUAUAUAGUUUCUUUUAAUACUACACAGUAUUAUGAAAGUUGUACAGUAUAGUCUUUUUUAAGGGAAUAAAUAAGUGUUUAUGAUUCAGAAGUUACACUUUAUUUAAUGAAUGUGCAGAUAUUUUACGUAAAGUGGAAUCAUUGCUGUAAAUUUCUUUCUAUUUGUCUUUAGGUGACUAAUUUAACAUUAUGCAGUACUGUGUUAAAAUGUUCUUUUUAUGACCCUCAUUUUACACACUGUAACUGUGGAUUUGUGAGAAUUGUGUAAAUGGGAGAUAAGUUAACAGCUUUGAACAUAGUCAAAAUAAAGUUAAAACAAAAUCA